CAAAAGUUUGUGGUGGCGCUGGUGUGUUAACCUACAAUUUAUUAAUUCCUUCCAGGAACUCCAAAAAAAACUUAUAAAUAAACAAACAAUUAUAAUCAAUAUAAUUAAUUAUAGUUUUUUAAAAAAAAAGUGAAUUUUUGAUCUGUGAAAAAUGAGUGAAUUCAGUUUUGGUUUAAUGCAAAUCUUUAAAAAAACUAACCUAAUGAUUUUGUUUACUUUUACUUGUAAUUUUAAGCAAAUAAACAUUACAUUCGCGUAAAAUUUAACUGAAUAAUAAACACUAAAUAAUUUUUGAACAAUUAAAAAAAAAUUAUAUGUUACGUCUUUAUUUAUAUUUAAAUUAUUUCGAUUUACACAAUGUAAACAAAGUGACAGAUAUUUUGUUUAGUUUCCAAAAAAAAAAAAUGUUUGGAUAUGUCAUUAAAUUCUCUAAUUAAUUGACAAUUAGUAAAAAAAAGAAACGUGAAUAUGAGUUCAAAAACUGUUUUUGUAACACAAGAAGGGCCGGCAAAUGCCUUGGCUCUCGGUAAAGACAAUAAUCAAGUUGUUAUUGCUGGUCGAAAUGUAUUUAAAAUAUUUUCUUUAUUGGAGGAAAAAUUUGAAGAAUCAUGUAAUUUACGAGUGGGAAAAAAUUUAAACUUAAAUUUUUCAUGCAAUGAUGUUGCAUGGAAUCUUUUAGAUGAUCACAUUUUAGCUACAGCGGCAACGAAUGGUGCUGUUGUUGUUUGGAAUUUAAAUAAACAAUCCCGAUCGAAACAAGAUCAUGUUUUUGUCGAUCACAAACGAACUGUAAAUAAAGUUAGUUUUCAUAUUUCUGAACCAACAUGUUUAAUAUCAGGUUCACAAGAUGGUACAAUGAAAUGUUUUGAUUUGAGAAUAGCGGAAGCUACUAAAACAUUUUAUAGCAAUACGGAGUCUGUACGUGAUGUACAAUUUUCACCUCAUCAGCCUCAUACAUUUGCAGCAGUUUCAGAAAAUGGUCACGUUCAACAGUGGGAUUUACGUCGACCUGAUCGAUAUUUUCAGCAUUUUGCUGCUCACAGUGGUCCUAUUUUUUCUUGCGAUUGGCAUCCGGAAGUUAAUUGGUUGGCUACUGCUUCUAGAGAUAAAACAAUAAAGGUUUGGGAUUUAUCAACAAAACCAGCUUGCGAAUAUAUGAUUCACACAAUAGCGUCUGUUGGUCGAAUUAAAUGGAGACCUCAAAGAAAAUUUCACAUAGCAAGUUGUGCUCUUGUUGUUGAUUGCAGCAUCAAUAUUUGGGAUAUUCGAAGACCCUAUAUUCCAUUCGCGAGUUUUAAUGAACACAAGGAUGUUGCCACUGGAAUUGCAUGGAGAGGAGAUCCUCAAUCCUUUCUCUCAACAAGCAGGGAUUGUACGCUUUUUCAUCAUAUUUUCAAAGACGCAACUAGACCAGCCAGUAAAGCAAAUCCUCAAGGAAUGGCUUUCAAUCCAAAGGGUGAUGUAGCCUAUGCCUGCAAAGUAAAUGUAAAUGCUCCGACGGCUAUAAAGCAACUUACAAAUAUUAUGAGGAAAACUCCAGCUAGUAAUGAUACUUUUUGUCUGGCAUCAAGUACAAUGCACAGUUUUACAAUGAAUGCACCUCGUGAACCAAAAUGGUUUAAAGCUUGUGCCGAGGGUUAUAUUUUGAGUGGACGAUUAAAUGAAAUUUGCGAUCAUAACGCUGCUGUUGCCAGUGAAGCCGAUAGAAAUGAUGUAAGCACCGUUUGGCGUAUUAUUAAAACACUUUACGCAAAUCCAUUGGGAAAUAUUUUAAAAACUCCACCCACUGUAUCAAAAGAAGACGUUGUAAAUACUAUGAAUUUAACACAAAUUACCUUGGGUAACGCUCAUGAUCAGACGAAUACAGUACAUGAGAACGAUGUGAAAUCUCUUCAAGGUGAAGCACCUGGAAUUAUCAGCGGUGGAGAUGAUGAAACUGAAACUGACGAGACUCCGGAUAAUCCAAAUUUUAUUGGACCCAUUUUGCCAAGACAUUUUACAGAACGUUACUAUCGAAGAUCAUUUCCCGGCAAUAAGAGACAACAAAAAGGAGAUUUUUUAUUUGGCGAUGGUGAACUUGAACCAGUUAGUAUUGAAUUCACUGGUGCAUUUAUGGAUAAUAUGAUAAACAAUGAUAAUGAUUGGACAUUACCAAAAGAGGCAUUUCCAUUGAGACAUGAAAUUCAAGACAGAUCACCGCCACCGGAACAAUUUCCCAAUCAUUCACCGGAUAUUAAUGAUGAUACAGUUUCUGUUAUGGUUGAAGAUCAACCAUGUCAAUUGAUAGUGACAUCAGUUCGUAAGCCAUCGUUUUGGGAUCCAUCGCAUCUUGUUGAGAAAGCACUUAAACAUCAUGCGGCACUCAGAGAUAUUCAAACGACUGCUUCGGUAUUAAUUGCAUUGGGUGAUAAGCGAAAGAGUUUAAAUAUUGAAAUUGCAGUACAAGAACAUUGGCUCCUCGAGUAUAUCGAUAUGCUGGGAAGAUUUCGACUUUGGGAAGUUGCUACUCAGAUAAUACAAUUGGCUUGGAUUCCAUCUGUUUCGCAAUUAAAUCAACAAUCAACAACAAUACACGCUUGCUGUACAAAUUGUACGAAAACUUUACAAAGGGCAGGAUGGUUGUGUGAUCGUUGUCAUACUUCGAAACACGCUCUUUGUUCUAUUUGUCAUCAGGUGGUUCGAGGCGUGUAUUCUUGGUGUCAAGGUUGUACCCAUGGAGGUCAUGUGAUACAUAUGGCAGAAUGGUUCGAUAAAAAUCGUCAAUGUCCAACUGGAUGUGGACAUCUUUGUGAAUACACAUAAUUCGUUUUCAUUCAUCUCUUUUGUUUUUUCAAUAUUAAAACAUAUCGAUUUUUGUAUAUAUUUUCAUCUUAUGUUAAAUUAUUGAAUUUAAAAAUUUGUACAUAUAAAACGUAAGAUUAAAAAAAAAUCGUUACUCUCUGUUAAAGAUGAAUGUAUUUUUUAUAUAUAUAGUAUAUAGAAUAAAUUUAUGUAUAUUUAAAAAAGUAGAAAUAAAAAAUUAGAUAAAAAUUA